GUGUGCGCUUGCCAGUGUCAGACUCGUGCGAUUGUGUGCAAGAGGCGUUCGGUCAACUCGCCACUCGGUGCAAGGUGGGUGUGACAGGAGGCACGUUUGUAAAUCGACGGUCAUAAAUUCAAGAUGGCAGCCCCAGAAGAUAUUCAGGUCAAGGAGCUUGACAAGCGGGCCUCUGGCCAGGCCUUUGAGGUUAUCCUUGGCGCUCCGACCCCUGACGCGAUGGGUGACUUCCCCUUGGCGCCGCCGAAGAAAAAGGAUGUCUCACUGGAUGAGAUUCAGAGGAAGCUGGAUGCUGCAGAAGAAAGACGCAAGAACCAUGAAGCUGAAGUUUUGAAGCAUUUAGCAGAAAAACGGGAGCAUGAAAAAGAAGUGCUGCAGAAAGCUAUGGAGGAGAACAACAAUUUCAGCAAGAUGGCUGAGGAGAAACUCAAUCAAAAAAUGGAAACCAACAAAGGGAAACGCACUGCAAUUAUGGCAGCAAUGAAUGAAAAAUUCAAGGAGAAAGACAAAAAAUUAGAGGAGGUGCGAAAAAACAAGGAAACCAAUCAAAGCAACGUGGCAGAAGAUACUUCUGAAGACUGAAUGACAUGGAAGACUGGAAUUAUAUGUGAAUGCAAUAUCAUUUCUGUAUUUGCGUAUUCCAUUUUUGGUUGUUGAUGUUAGCCAGUAUAUGUGUGCCCUUCCCACUUGAAGUAACAAUAUAUAUCUAUUUUUUUUUAAUUCUCAAGAUAGACGCGUGCUUGUGCUUUGUGUGACUACCAGUCUCAACACUCAAUUUAGUAACCUGUUAGUCGUGAAAUGUAUUUAACAUGCUUUGCGUACGUAUCUUAAAACCUGAUAAUUCCAUGUGGUUUUGAAAUGGUGUUAAGUCUCUGUUGUUUACCUUUUAUUAUAAAAGGGUGGGAAAAGUAGCACAAGUUCCGAAGAAGGCAAAAUGUGUUCCGCAAAGUUUUCCUGCGCCUGUAGAUUCUUUUGUUUCGCUGAUAAUCUAACAAGUAUUGCUAUAAAUCGAUGCCGUCAUUAGUGAUGAAUGCCUUAGUUGUCAAAAUGUUGUAGAGUUUGCAUGUUCUGCCUGUGCCUGCGGGUGGGGGUGGGGGGGGGGGGGGGGUGUGGGGGGGUUUCUCCAGGUACUCCUGUUUCCACGUACAUUCCAAAAACAUGCGUGGUAGGUUCAUUUAAGACUCUAAAUUGUCUGGCAUCCAGUUCAGGGUGUACCCUGCCUCUUGCCCCAAAGUCAGCUGGAAUAGGCUCCAGCACACCCUAGUGAGGUUAACCGGUACAGACAAUGGAUAGUUGUCCAUCCAUCCAUCCAUCCAUCUUCUUUCACCGCUUAUCCCCACUAGGGGGAUCCAAAUUGUAUGAGUGGCUUUUCUAUCGGUUGUACAAUGAAAAAAAGUCUGUUGACAAGUAACUAUUUACCAGCUGCAUGUUAUCUCUGUUAAUGUCACACUUUUGAAAUAUACUAUUUUCACUGAUCUACUUCCUGUUGUGUU